AUGGAUAGAUACAAAGUGGAUUCGGACGACGACACAUCCGAAGACCAUAGAAAGAGGAACAGAGAAGAAGAGGAAGAAUUGUUCCAUAAAAGUAAAAACGUGUCUAGAUCGCCUAACAAAACCCGUAAGGAAGAUAAUAAGCUCGAUCAAAUUAUUAAAAUGAUGCAUAACUUAACCAAAGAAACAAAACAUUUAACAACGGAAGUAAAAGAGAUAAAGAAUGAACAGAGAAAGUACUGGGAGGAAUUAAACGACCUGAAAACAGAAUUGGAGAAAGUUAAACAAGGAAACCAAACUAAACACAAGGAGAAGGAAGAAAUGAAAAAAGAGCUAAACGAUAUGAAAAUACGUGUACAAAGACUAGAAAAGGAAAGGAAAGUAAAUAAUGUUGUAAUACAAGGCUUGCCAAUAGAUACAAUCGAUAGAAAUGCACUGAAACAAGCUGUAGGAAGCCUCAUGGAAAAAGAGAUGAAUAUCAAUGUUCAAAUCGAAGAAGCUAUCAAACUGGGAGAAAAAACAUGUUUGGUCAAACUACAGAAUUAA